ACAGUAAUUUUUGGGUUAAUGCAAAAUUAUUUUGACACCUUCUAUUUUUUAAGUAAAAAGUUAUACAACCAAAUAUGGUAUGGAGGGAACACAAGUUAGGUGUAGCGCCAAAUUUACUGCAAGAGGAAAGAAGAUCUAGCUUGGUGGACCUCUUUUAUCAAAAUAAAAGCUUGGUGGACCUCAUAAUUAAUGUAGUCAAAUUAUGUGCGUGAAUGCUAGGAUAUCCCACCGUAGGAUAAUAAACCCUUUAGACUAACUUCAACCCGUACCAAAUAGUCAAAUAUGGCUUUUUAGCUCCCCAAAUCCCAUUUUCACUCCAACCCUACACAAAGCUAAAUUUCGCUUCUCAUCUUCCUUUUUUUAAUUUAUUACAAUAAACCAUAGUUAUUUGACCUCUAAUUUUUAUAUUUCACUUUAAUUAUUCUAUAGUUAGUUAUUACUUUUGAAAAAAAAUCGAUGUAAUUUUUUUUAAAUUCCGAGACAAAAUAUUUCAGAAAAUUAGUCAUUAUUUUGUUACCGUUAACUUCGUGACCAAUGAGAAAAUACCAAUUAAACAUACAACAAUUCAUAUCUUCUUUCAAACAAUUAAACAAACAACAUACACAAUCAACCAAUGACAAAAUACCACACAAAAAAAAGGGAAAACAACACAAUCAACCAAUGAGAAAAUUCCACAGAAACAAAUAAAAAAUAAAAAAUAAAGGAGUACCCGCCGCGGGUCCACCAUUUUCUCUAGCCAAAUUUGGCUUUACCACUCUUUUGGGAGCUAAAUUUGGCUCCCAAUUCACCAAUACCCAUUUUUAGCUCCCCAAAAUAAUGUGGGUUGGAGCACCAAAAAAGAGCUAAAAAUGGGUAAAUGGCUUUUUAGCUGUAGGGUUGGAGUCAGUCUUAGCAUUUACAUUUAUGAAGGUUGGCACCAUUUACCAUAUUAUCGUUCACUACUAUGCAAGCACCACUAUUUAUUGUCCACUAGUCCUCAACACCAACGCCUCAUUACUAUUCCAUUAGCUAAACUUGAUCCUGAAACAUGGCAACACAACUACUUCUAACCUUCCUUUCCUUGGUCACGAUCUUCCUAUGCCACUGGCUGCUCAGAAACAAGCACUCACCGGUCUACCAAUGGCCAUUCCUCGGGAUGCUCCCUGGCCUCCUCUUCAGCUUCUACAACUCCACACUCCACGACUUGUAUACCCGAGCCUUGAGGCGAACCGGGGGAACGUUCCUUCUCAAGGGACCCAGUUUCGUCAACGCCAACUACCUGGUCACUUGCAAUCCCGCCAACAUCAACCACAUCUUCAACAAGAACGCCGCCAACUACGACAAGGGUCGGGACUUCAAGAUCAUAAUGGAGGCUCUGGGCGACGGGAUCUUUAAUGUCGACGGCGAGUCGUGGAAGUUCCAGAGGAAGCUCCUCCAUUCCUUGCUGAACAACCCCGAGUUCGAGUGUCACGCCAUGCAAAUCCUCACUGAGAAGAUGAGGAGCACUCUUCUGCCGAUCCUCGACAGAGCCGAGGUGGUGGACCUACAGGACGUGUUUAAGAGGUUCAUGUUUGACAACAUGUGCCUAUUGGUCUUGGGAUUCGACCCCCAAUACCUCCCCGUUGAGUACGAGGGCGGCAGGCUCCCUGAGAAUGAGUGUGGCGAAGCAUUCGAUGAGCUGGAGGACGUGGCAACAUACCGGCACAUGGUUCCCAUAUGCAUGUGGAGGCUUCAAAACCGGCUCCGUAUUGGAAUGGAGUGGAAGUUCAUUCGAGGUAGUAGAACGAUUGAUCAGUUCUUAUAUGGUCGCAUCAAGAUGAAGAAGCAAGAAUUUGCAACGAAACACUACGUCGGCAAUGAUGAGCAGCCGAAAAACAAGACGGAUUUGCUGACACAAUUUUUGGUCAUGAAAGAUGAGGAUGGCAGUUGUGACGGGAAGAUCAUUGAUAAAACAUCCGACAAGUUCCUGAGGGACAAUAUGUUCACCUUACUUGUAGCUGGAAGGGAUACCAUCUCUGCGGGUCUUACAUGGUUGAUAUGGUGUGUGGCGAACCACCCCACUGUCGAAAAAAGGAUUCUAGAAGAGCUGAGACAAGUAAUUGCAGCGCGACCACCAGAGCAAGUUAACGGGGACGAAGGAGGGUUUCUGAGAAGUAACGAGGUGAAUAAACUUGUGUAUCUCCAUGCAACUGUUUGCGAGACACUAAGGUUGUAUCCACCAGUGCCAUACGAGCACAAGUGCGCUGUGGAGUCGGAUGUCCUUCCAAGCGGACACACGGUUUGUAAAGAAGAGAGGAUAUUGUUCUACAUAUACGCCAUAGCUAGGAUGGAAGAUGUAUGGGGAAAGGAUUGCAUGGAGUUCAAACCGGAGAGGUGGAUUUCGGAGAGAGGGACAAUACUGCAUGUCCCAUCUUACAAGUUCAUGACCUUCUUGGCUGGGGCAAGAACCUGUUUGGGCAAGACCAUGUCUUUCAUGCAAAUCAAAUCCAUGGCCAGUGCUCUCCUGUGGAAGUACAAGUUUGAACUCACUGAUAAUAAUCCCUCCGCUAGGACGACGGUUGGGAUGGUAUUGUAUAUGAAAGAUGGGCUAAAGGCAAGAGUCUCCAGGAGAGAUCACUGAUAAUUAUAUUGCUGAUUUCCUAUUAAUUUAUGAUGGUCUGUUGUGGUCGAGUAAAAGUUACUAUUUCGUUAGUCUUUACUAUGUCUGGCUAAGGUUUCGUUAGUGAUGUGAAGUUUUCUUUCAUGUUAUUGUUUGUUAUCAGUGCAUGCUAUCUAUUUCGAUAAGUACUGUUGUUGUACUCUUUGACCGUUUAUGAAAUAUAGCGUGGAUAUUAAUAAAUAAAAAUUCAUGUGUUCUAAGAGUGAAAAAUCAUCUCCCACUUACACAUAUAAAGUAUUUCUUUCUUUGAUGAAUGCGGUAAUAUAAUUCAUAAAAAAUUGGAGUGUCCAAAAGUAGUGGACUAACUCCUAUAACGGACAAAGAAAGGUGGCAGUGGAAGACCUAGCUCACAACGGUUACAAUGGAUUCAACUCAUGGUGGCAGAAUAGCAUAAGCUUACCGCUAUUGUCAAAUAACUUUGUAAAUUCUAUAAUACUUGUACUGACUUUGAUGGUAAUCUUGUAAGCACUGCUACUUUUAUCUCCGAAGAAACUUGCAUUUAUUUUAAACCAAGUAUUCCAAAAUGUAAUCAAUGGGAGAAGUCGAAUGACUUCUCUGAAGCAACAAACCCUGACAAUGAAAUCUCACUCCAUGCAUAGGUUCUUACAAAGUCGCGGUCUCGACGCAUAGUAAUUGUAGUCGAAAGUAGAAGUAAUUCCAAACCUGGUUUGUAGAACAGCAAUGUAGGAGCAACUGAGCAAGUGAGCAGCAGACUCAGCUGGUGCAAAUUAAAGCAGGUAGAACUAGGGGUGGCUAUCCGGUCCGGUCCGGUUAAAUUAGACCAAAUUGAUCCGGUCCCGGUCCGGUCUUUUUGGGAAUAUAAAGACCAAAGAUUAGAUUGGAUACAGUCUGGUCUUGACCCGGUCCGGUCCCAAUUUUAUCUUGAUUUUAGGUGUUGGGGGUCUCUUAUCUGGUCUUUAUCCGAGUUUUUUUACCUCAAAUCUAAGCCCGAAGAUGAGAUUGGAUUGUUUGCUAUCCGGUCCCAGUCCGGUCCCAGUCCGGAUUAUACGGUCCGGUUUCGGGUAAAACCAAACAGACCGAACUAAAUAGUCAGUCCUAGUCCUAGAUAGAACAAUGGUUAUGGAGGGUCCAUCCUCGAACAAUCAGGUGGUCAAAGUAAGUAUUUUUCCUUGAAAUUAAAGACUAGUUAAUUAAAAGCUGAAAUCUUAAUGGGAGCUCCUGUCUACCAGAUCAUCUUUUCAUGGAAACAUUUGCCAAGAUCAGGGGUGGGAGUAGGUAUUGUUAAAUGUUAACCGUGAAUUUCUUUUCUGGAAGGAGACAUAGGAUAGAGUUUGAUGCAGCUUGCACCCAAACUGGCAAUGAAAGCUUAAAUUUUAUUAUUUCUAAUUGUCACGUCCAAACGAUACUCUUGUCACAUAAGUAUGCUUUUGUGACAACUUAAACAAGUGACAGUGUGAAAUAUAUUUGAUGUAUGUACAAACUCAUAGAAACAUUUAGAAUUUGUUACGGGAGAAGGUUGUCACUAUUGAUUGCGUCUUAGUGAUGAGAAAACCGAUUACAAGCAUAGGAUAUACAUGCUAAAAAUUGUAUGAAUAUUCUUAAAAGAAAUUAUUGUAUGAAUCUUUGGGUAAUUAGUGUAAACGAUCAAAAAUCCAUGCACUUAGUACAAAACAGUCACAAAAUUUUUAUUUGCACGUUUUAAUAAGAUAUUAUUGAGUGAACAAUAAAGCGGUCUUUCCAUCCAUCUCUAUCUCAAAAUCUGUUGAUUUAAUUGUAUACCGUCACGCCAAAAAAAUAUUAAUAAAAAAUUCAAUAAACC